GUGACAUACCCCUUCCACUCCUAUUCCGUGCUGGCCGCGGCCCGAAGGUGAUAAACACGCGAAAUAUGUUACGCGACGUCCUGGUACAGCUGAUAAUUAGUGCCUUUGGCAUUCUUAUUGGUAUAUCCGCGUUUUUCGUCCUGUUCAUCUUUUAUGGAAACGUCGACGUUGGAUUCUGGUCGAUCCUGUCAGGUACUUUAGCCGGCGUUUGUUUCAACUUGCAUUGGGUGAGAGGGAAGGAAACUUUGGAAAGAUGGCAUAGUAGAGUCUCAUUGCGAAAUUUAAACGUCAUAGGCUUUGUAAGCGCCGUAGCUGGCGUUACCGCAUUGAUCUGGUAUCUGUUUCUUACGUUUUAUUACAAGAUCCCCAUUCUACCAAUUUCCGACAGCACUGUCAUUUGCGCAGUAUGGUCUUUAAUCUAUGGAAAGUGGGGUAUUGUGUUAAUGUAUUACACGAACAAGUACGAACUAUUGCUCCAAGAGGCAAUGGCGUCCAUUCUCACGGACAGCGCUUGAAGUGCGACUUUGUUGACUUUUAACUAAUAAGAUCUUCCGAAUGUCCAGACAUAGUUUAUUUUUAAGUAACCUUGUUAUCAAUGGAUUAUCGUUUUAGGCAACUUUGAUGUAUUUUAACAAUGUAUUAAUAGUCGAAUGCAUGCUCAGUCGACUUUUAUUGUCCUAACAGAUACUGGGACUGAAAAUUGCAAUAAAUAUUGUAAUGCUGUAUUACUAUGCCACCAUAUACACAUUAUCAGACAGUUAAAAAUUUAAUAUCUUUUUGUAAAAGUUACUUUUUAUAAGAAUGUUUUCUCGUUUUUUUAUACAGUAUGAGAUAUACAUAUACAAACUACAGACUUGUCCAAGUUCUUAAUCCUAAAUAGUAGUAUUUUAGUAAUCUCUAUUCAUUAUCUCGUUGAACAUGACAGACGUUGGGAUGUUUACAAGAAUUUGGACAAGCCUAGUAUAAGUGUUUGAAUAAAAAUUAAAUAUAUUUC